AUGUUGUUUAGGUCCUUGACUGUCAGCACCCUGGCUGGUGUAGCUGUCGCGCAAGACUUGACCACAUUACUCAUGAGUACACCUGAGUUGUCCAAUCUCACGUCCUACCUUGGACUGUUUCCCGAACUCACGGCCACGUUAGCGUCACUGCAGAACAUCACGCUGCUUGCACCUAACAAUAAGGCCUUCAUGAAGCUGUUAAACUCCCCGGCAGGAGCUGCCCUGGUUCAGAACGACACCACAAUGAUUCAAGCACUGUUCACUUACCAUGUUUUGAAUGGUACCUACGCCGAUUUUAGCGACAAGCAGUUCGUUCCAACUCUACUGCAACCGCCUCAAUUUACCAAUGUAACCGGGGGUCAAAUGGUGGAAGCAGUCACCAGCGAGAACCAUGUUUCCUUGGUCUCCGGGCUGCUCAGCAAUGCCAGUGUUAGCAGCGGCCCCGUCAACUUCACUGGUGGCGUGGUCCACAUUAUUGACGAUGUCUUGACUGUCCCGCAAAAUAUUUCAGAGACGGCAAUUCAAUUUAACCUGUCUGCUGCUGCCGGUGCUCUUAUCAGUGCAGAUCUGGUCACAACCGUCGACUCCCUGUCUGAUGUGACCUUGUUCGUACCCAACAACGAAGCAUUUGAGGCGAUCGGUUCUGCGCUUCCCAAGCUAACGACGCAAGAUUUGGCUUCGAUCCUGCAGUAUCAUCUCGUUCAAGGUGUUGUCGGCUACAGCACCCUGUUGCAGAACGGCACGGUGCAGUCAGUUCAGGGCAAUGACCUGACCAUCACAAUCGAGGACGGCGAGGUCUUCGUCAACAGCGCACGAGUGGUUGUGCCAGACGUGCUCGUCGCUAACGGCGUGGUUCACGUUAUCGACAACGUGCUGAACCCCAGCAACACCACUGCGGCACCCAGCCCGUCCCAGAAGUCCGGUUCGCCUGCAUUCAGCGGUGCCAGCUCUGCCAGCAAUAUUCCCUUCACGUCUGGUGUGCCGAUGCCGACGAGCACUAUGGGCAGCCAGUCAGCCACAGGUGCGACGGCGACUUCGAGUAGUAGUUCAGGAGCUGCAAUGCCGGCCAAGACUGGAGCAAUGGGUGCAGCGGCCUUGCUUGGCGGCGCGGUUCUGGUCUUGAACAUGUAA